AUGUCCACGGGCUCCCUGAGCGACGUGGACGACGAGCUGCUGGACGGCAUCCUCAAGUUGACCUCCAGCGCCGAGGAGAGCUCCAACGGCGAGGGCCGAGUGCCGCCCGCUAAGCGGCGCAGGACGGCGGCGCGCAAGGCCGCGUCGCGCCGCGCCUCCGCGGCGGAGGACGAAGACGGCAGCGGGACCUUGCGGGAGGGCAAGCAGGUGCAACGCAAUGCGGCCAACGCGAGGGAGAGGGCCCGCAUGCGGGUCCUGUCCAAAGCCUUUUCGCGGCUCAAGACGUCCCUGCCGUGGGUGCCGGCCGAUACCAAGCUAUCCAAGUUGGACACCUUGCGGCUGGCGUCGAGUUACAUCGCCCACCUCAGGCAAGUUCUGGCCAACGACAAGUACGAGAGCGGAUACGUCCAUCCUGUCAACCUGACGUGGCCCUUCAUGGUGGCGGGCAAGCCGGAAAGCGAUCUGAAGGAGAUGCUGAGCUCCACGCGUUUAUGCGGGACCACCGCGUCGUGA